AUGCGCCCCUGUACCGCCUCCUCAUGCUGCUGCCAGGCCCGUAAUCUGCCAUGGGCCCCCGUACCGACUCCUCAUGCUGCUGCCAGGCCCAUAAUCUGUCAUGGGCCCCUGUACCGCCUCCUCAUGCUGCUGCCAGGUCCAGAGUGUGUCAUGGGUCCCUGUACGGCCUCCCAUUGCUGCUGUCUCUAUCGCCACACUCUGCCAUGUGCCACUUUCAGGUCUCCUCACACUGCUGGUGGUUUCCAUUUUUGUCAUAGGGUGCUGUAUGGCCUCCCAUUGCUGCUGCCUCCACCGCCACACUGUGGCUCCACACUCUGGUUUUGGCCCCGUGACUGGCCAAAUGAGUGAAGUGUGCGGUGAUUCUAAGAUCGACGGCACUCAUCUGCAUGUCAUACUGACUGACAGUAUUAUUUCUCUUCCCCAGCAGACUCCAAGGGCAUUUAAAUUAAAGGUACAGUGUUCUGCACUAAUAUUA